AGCCUUUACUAGCACCCAGUUCGCAAUUUGCCAAAGUUAUUUUCUCUCGCCAUGGCCGGUAAAGUGGUUGCGACCCUCGUCCUCCUGUGCGGCUGCUACGCCUCGCGCACCGACAUGCGCGCGGCUGCGGGUAAGGUGAAAAACACAGAUGAAGUCAAGCAGGCCGCCGCGGACUUCCAGAGCGACAUAGAAGGUAUGAAGAAGGUGUUGGCAGACUUUCAGGACCUGAGGCUCACGCACACCCUUGCCGAUGCGGACGAUUGGAUCUUCUCCGUGGCCUGGGCGCCCGACGGCCGCCUCGCGGCGGGGAGUCGUGACAAAAAUGUCCGAGUUUAUGACGAGGACCUGAGGCUCACGCAGACCCUCGGCGAUGCGGACGAUCCGAUCGAGUCCGUGGCCUGGGCGCCCGACGGCCGCCUCGCGGCGGGGAGUCGUGACAAAAAAGUCCGAGUUUAUGACGAGGACCUGAGGCUCACGCACACCCUCGACGAUGCGGACGCUUGGAUCUUCUCCGUGGCCUGGGCGCCCGACGGCCGCCUCGCGGCGGGGGGUAAUGACAAAAAAGUCCGAGUUUAUGACAAGGACCUGAGGCUCACGCACACCCUCGGCGAUGCGGACCGUCUUGUCUCGUCCGUGGCCUGGACGCCCGACGGCCGCCUCGCGGCGGGGAGUUAUGACAAAAAAGUCCGAGUUUAUGACAAGGACCUGAGGCUCAUAUACACCCUCGGCGAUGCGGACGCUUGGAUCUUCUCUGUGGCCUGGGCGCCCGACGGCCGCCUCGCGGCGGGGAGUGAUGACAAAAAAGUCCGAGUUUAUCACAAGG